AGUGCGUGGCCGCCGGGGCCAUGGCGGCGCUCAGCGUCGUCUGCUUGCUGCUGGCAGUGGGAUUCUGGCAGCCGAUCUCGGCUUCAGGAGAGGAGUUCUGGCCUGGCCAGUCGGCGGCGGACAUCCUGUCGGGGGCGGCGUCCCGCAGACGGUACCUUCUGUAUGAUGUCAACCCCCCAGAAGGCUUCAAUCUCCGCAGGGAUGUCUAUAUCCGGGUUGCAUCCUUGCUGAAGACGCUGCUGAAGACUGAGGAGUGGGUGCUUGUCCUGCCCCCAUGGGGCCGGCUGUACCACUGGCAAAGCCCUGACAUCCAUCAGGUCCGGAUUCCCUGGUCCGAGUUUUUUGAUCUUCCGAGUCUCAAUAAAAACAUCCCCGUCAUUGAGUAUGAGCAGUUCAUUGCAGAGUCUGGCGGGCCCUUUAUCGACCAGGUGUAUGUCCUGCAAGGUUACGCUGAGGGCUGGAAGGAGGGCACCUGGGAAGAGAAGGUGGAUGAGCGGCCCUGCAUCGACCCUCUGCUGUAUUCACAGGACAAGCAUGAGUAUUACAGAGGCUGGUUUUGGGGCUAUGAGGAAACGCGGGGUCUGAAUGUCUCCUGCCUGUCCGUCCAGGGCUCAGCUUCCAUUGUAGCGCCUGUGCUUUUAAAGAACACGUCUGCUCGGUCUGUGAUGCUGGACCGAGCUGAAAACCUGCUUCAUGACCACUAUGGAGGCAGAGAGUACUGGGAUACCCGGCGCAGCAUGGUAUUUGCAAAGCACUUGCGGGCUGUGGGAGACGAGUUCAGGAGCCAGCACCUCAACUCCACCGAUGCCGCUGAUAGGAUGGCCCCGGAGGAAGACUGGACGCGGAUGAAGGUCAAACUGGGCUCGGCGCUGGGCGGCCCCUACCUCGGAGUCCACCUGAGAAGAAAGGACUUCAUCUGGGGCCACAGGGAGGACGUGCCCAGCCUGGAGGGGGCCGUGAAGAAGAUCCGCAGCCUCAUGAAGACUCACCGGCUGGACAAGGUGUUCGUGGCCACAGAUGCCAUCAGGAAGGAGCAGGAAGAACUGAGGAAGCUACUUCCAGAAAUGGUGAGGUUUGAGCCCACUUGGGAAGAGCUGGAGCUGUACAAGGAUGGGGGCGUGGCCAUCAUUGAUCAGUGGAUCUGCGCGCAUGCCAGGUUUUUUAUUGGCACCUCAGUCUCCACAUUUUCUUUUCGGAUUCAUGAAGAGAGAGAGAUUUUAGGGUUGGACCCCAAGACAACAUACAACCGGUUUUGUGGAGACCAGGAGAAAGCCUGUGAGCAGCCCACACACUGGAAGAUUGCAUACUGAGGACCACCUAUCCACCACCUGCCAGUCACUCGGUCACAGGGUCCCAGAGGCGGCCUCCACUUGGGUGGCAACACAUCUAAAGCCUGUGUGUUCCUUUGUGUUCACGGGCCGACAUCUACCUGUGUAGGCUCCGCCCCCUUCAGGAUUCACAAUUGUGUCUUCUUUCAGGACUUGAGAACCCGUGUCCCCAUCACAGAUGUCCCAUGUGUGCUAGUCCAGAAAUGUGAGGGACAUUUGUCAGCCCUGACAGGCCUUUCAGCCACUUUCCCGAGCAAGUUGAGGAUGGCCAGUGAGUGGCAAACACCCUCAGGUGUGGAUGCUGGCACCUGAGAUGUUGGUGUAACUGUCUACUGAGGUUGACUCACACAUGUCCAGUGUGAGCAGAUGCCAGAUUUUGCCUCACCCUCCAUCUGCCUGGUGCCCCAGCUAACUUCCUCCUGCGGUGGACAGCUUGGGCACCGUUCUCACCAGCACGCUGGGACCCUGAGGACAGCCCUUGAGUGCCAGUGACUCCCUCACCUCACAUGGGUCCACAGGCUCGCUGCACCCAGCUGAGACCCAGAAUUGAGAAGUGACAGAAAUGACCUUCAAAAGGCCACAUCUGAGACACACACUGCUUUGUGAAACCCUUUCCUAGGCCUCAUGCUGCAGCAUAGGAGGUGGGUCAGUACAGCCUUGACCAGGGCACCCUCGGGUCCUCGACCUGGUACUCAUCAGUACACCCCCUCCCCCAGUGCUGUGCACUGAGCAGCCCCCCCUCGGCUACUGCCCAGGUCUCCUUCCCAAGCACUGAGGUAGACCCUGAGCACAGACAAGGUCUUGUGGCUCACUCGGCUGACCAGGUAGAAUCACAUAUUUAUUCUUUUCCAUUUGUACUUCCAAGUGUAUUAAUAAAAUACUUUUUCAAGAAAGCUAUAAUCACA